CUUAACCUGAGAUACCACUGUACCAGUUUGCUGGAAGCUGCAGGUCGGGUAGAACCAGACUCUUGCGUUCUUCAUGGGACCUGAUCCAGCAAGCUGUUCUUGUGGCGUAUUGCAGAUUCUUUGCACGGCUGCGGGUUGGGAUAGAUGACCCCUAGGGGUCUCUUCCAACUCUCCAAUUCCCUGAUCUUUUCUCCUCCUGGUAUUCAGACCGCAGGUGUGCAGGGACACACCUCUGCGCAGACUUUGGCCCCAGGGUUUACGACGGGCAACCUUUCGAACACAGGUCACAUCAAGCACAGGCGAUGUUCAGGGGGUCAGCCGUGGCAAAGGGAGCACUUUCUCAACGCUGACGUGGUUUGGAAGAGGAGGAGAGGGGACCUGGUGGUUUAGCUCUCUUUAAAAAAAGAAAAGGAAAAGAAAGCUUUCUGCUGAUCCUAUAGGAAAGUCGCCACUUCGGGGGGAGGAGGAGAAGUCGCCUAUAUAUGCUCCAUUACUCAGAAUGCAGAAUGCAGCCACUUCUGGGGCAGAGUCCACAAAGCGCAAAACAGCCGCAUAGGGAAGCUGCUCUGUGCUGGUGGUGAAUUCAUGGGGCUCCUCUACUGAAACGACAUGAGCCCACGGGUAUAUUCUGAGCCCCCAGAUGGGGGCUGGGGCUGGGCGAUCACGCUGGCGUGUUUCAUGCAGUCCGCCCUGGUCUUUGGGGUCACGCGGCCUUUCGGCAUCUUCUUUGUGGAGUUCAUGGCCUAUUUCGACGAGCCGUCGAGCGCCACGUCCUGGAUUUCGUCCAUCACCGUGGCCACGUCGAAAUUCACCAGUCCGUUGGCAGGGGCACUGGCCACUCAGUACGGAGAGCGUCCCGUCGCCAUUGCAGGGGGGCUCCUUUCGGGCCUCGGCUAUUUCCUCGCCUCCUUCGCCACCAACCUGGCACAGCUCUAUAUAUUUAUUGGCAUGUUCACAGGAAUUGGAGGCACCUUUGCCCUCUGGCCCUCGCUGGCCUUGCUGUCGCGGUACUUCGAGCGCCGCCGUCCCCUGGCCACCUCCCUGGCCCUCUCGGGCGCUGGCGUCGCCUCCCUGGCCCUCUCGCCCCUCUUCCAGUUCCUGGUGGACCUCUACGGCUGGCGCGGGGCUCUCCUGCUGGUAUCUGGGAUGGUCUUCCACCUGCUGCCCUGCGGAGCCCUGCUUCGCCCCCUCGCCUUGCCAGAGGACGAUGCCCUGGCAGCGCCCCCGGAGCAGGCGGUCAGCUGGCGCCACCGUCUCUCGUCUCUCUUCGGACUCUCUCUGCUCCGCCACCGAGGCUUCAUGACCUACACCUGCUGCGGGGUGCUGAACGCGGCCGGGUUCUUCGUGCCCCUGGUCCACCUCGUGCCCCACGCCCGGGAGCUGGACUUCGACGAGUACCAGGCGGCCUUCCUCGCCUCCGCCGUGGGAGUGGCCGACAUCGGGGGCCGCGUCGCCUGCACCUGGCUGGUCACCUGCGGCCCUCUCCGCCUCUGCCACCACCUCACCCUGUGGAGCUUCCUGACAGGGGUUUCCGUCCUGGCAGUGCCCCUGGGCCGCAGCUAUGGGGCCGUGCUCGCCAUCAGCGCCUGCUACGGUUUCCUGGCCGGCGCCGUUCUCCCGCUCAGGGUCUCCACUCUGGUGGAAAUCGUGGGUCCUGCACGGAUCAUGGGUGCCAUCGGACUCAUCAACCUGAUGGAAAGCGUUGGGGCGCUGUCUGGGCCCCCCCUCUCAGGUUGGAUCCGGGAUGUGAGCGGAAGUUACAAGGCCUCCUUCCUGGCAGGGGGCUGCUUCCUCGUCGCUGGAAGCCUGGGACUUUUGCUCCUCCCCGGCUAUUUCUCCCUCCAGACCCCCAGACCCCCCAAGCAGAACCAGGAAGGGAGCAAGCCGGAAGAUCCCUGGAACCCAAGCCAGCAAAACGGAGUUUGUCUAGCCUGACGGAGAUCAACCCCAGACUGUUUCGUUUUGGGAAAAGGACCAGUCUCUCCAUCGGCCUGGGACAUGUCAUAUUCCUGAUAUUUGGGGGCAGGAAGGCAGUAGGAUGGAGGGGAUCAGUCUGGUUUUUUACCCUCUGUCUUGCAAGCCCCACACACCCCCAGCUAGGAAGGGACAGGAGUAAAAUAUACAUCAGUUUGGUCCAAAUUAGGUACCAGAGUCAACUCUCAAUACAUCACUUCUGGCAAAUGAGACAUCCUAGCUGCUUAAUGGGCCAUGAAAAUUUGUGUCCCGGGCUUUGGAAACCCCUGUGCUAUCUGAAACCAAAGCAGCACAUUAGUUGCCAGAUGUGAAAUAUAUUAGCCUUGCUUUCAGUUCUCCUACUCUACUAUAUUGGACUACAAAUCCCAUCAGCCUCUGCCAGCACGACUGCGCAUGAUUUAUGGCUGAACACCUGAAGCGCGCCAAUUUGGGUAGAAAACUGCUGUUAGACCGGGCAGCUCUCACGGCGCAUACGUAACUCAUAUUUAAUAAAAAAGAGAUAUAUAUA